GCCGACGCCCGAAUCGUCUUGAUAGAAGCGCCGAGGAUGUCCGCCAUGAAGCCCGAAUCCCGCAUCCCCGUGACGGUGCUCACGGGCUUCCUGGGCAGCGGCAAGACGACGCUGCUCAACCACCUGCUCCUCGGGGACCACGGCAUGAAGUUCGCGAUCAUCGAGAACGAGUUCGGCGAGGUCGGCAUCGACGAGAAGAUCAUCAACCCGCAGAUCAAGGAGAAGAUCGACGAGGAGAUCAUCGAGGUCAUGAACGGCUGCAUCUGCUGCACGGUGCGCGGCGACCUCGUGGAGACGCUGAAGAAGCUCGCGAAGAAGGUCGCGAAGUUCGACGGCAUCAUCAUCGAGACGACGGGCUUGGCGGACCCCGCGCCCGUGGCCCAGACCUUCUUCGUCGACGAGGACAUCUCCAAGCUUUAUAGUUUGGACUGCAUCUGCGCCGUGACGGACGCGAAGCAUUUGGUCAUGCGGCUCGACGACGAGAAGCCGGAGGGCGUCGAGAACGAGGCCGUCGAGCAGCUCGCGUUCGCGGACAAGAUCCUCCUCAACAAGAUCGAUUUGGUGCCCGAGGAGGCCGAGCUCGCGAAGAUCGAGGCGCGCAUCAAGACCAUCAACCCCCAGGCGCCCAUCCUGCGCUGCACGCAGUCGAACGUGUCGUGGAAGGAGAUCAUCGGCGUCCAGGCCUUCAACCUCGACCGCGUGCUCGACUUCGAGCCCGAGUUCCUCACGGAUUUGGACGCGGAGCACCAGCACGACGAGACCGUGAGCUCCGUCAGUGUCAAGUUCGAGGGCGAGCUCAUGGUCCGGGGCCUUUCCCGGUGGAUCGACAAGCUCAUCCAGGAGAAGGGCGCGGACCUCUUCCGCUACAAGGGCGUCAUGGCCGUCAAGGGCUCGGAGGCCAAGUUCAUCUUCCAGGGCGUGGGCAUGCUCUUCACGGGCGGCUUCUCCGACUUCACGUGGGCGGCCGACGAGAAGCGCGAGUGCCGCUUCGUCUUCAUCGGCCGCAACCUCGACAAGAAGGCCUUGGUCGAGGAGGUCAUGGCCUACAAGGUCACCAACGAGCUCCGCUUCAAGAUCGGCGACAAGGUCUUCGCCAACACGGGCGACGCGUGGCAGCCGGGCAAGAUCAUCCGCCUCUGGGACGACGGCAACCCCUACCGCAUCGAGCUCGAGGACGCGGACAAGACCAACGUCUGGGGGCCCAUGGACGACGACGACCUCGUCCGCGCGCGCGAGUAGGCGACGCGGAGAGAUGAACCAGAGGUGAGCUAAGUGUCCGACAAUU